AUGGCGAAUCCUGAUGAUUCAGACUUUGAUGAUUUUGUACUUGGUGCAAUGAACGCUACUGUUUCUAGUGAAAUCGGUGACAACAUUAUUGCAUCUGAUCUGGAAGACACUGUUUUACACAAUUUUAGUGAUGAGGAAGAGGAUAUUAGUGAUGAAGAAGGAGUGCAACGAAAUAUUCCAGGUAGGCCUAAUCAAUGGGACAAUGUUUCAAAUAAUGACCCUGGCCCAUCAACAACUAUACCUGUAUACAAUGUCAACCAGGGACCCAACUUGCCAUCAUCUAUAACUGCAGACUCAUUACCUAUUGAUUACUUUGAUUUAUUUUUCAAUGACAAUCUGAUUAACCUGAUUUGUACUGAAACCAACUAUAAUGCAAACUUGAAAAAAACACACAGGCACUCUCCACACGCAAGGUUGAAUAAGUGGACUGAGUUAUCUUCAGUUGAUCUGAAAGCUUUCAUAGGCACUGUUAUAAAUAUGGGAACAAUGCCACUGCCAAGACUUGAAUCGUACUUUACUACUAAUUGGGAGAGUCGCACACAGUUUUAUAGGGACGUUUUUUCAAAAGAUGAAUUCUUGAAUAUUUUUUGGAAUAUUCAUUUCAACCACCAUCAAGGACAAGGAGACAGUGGUCAAAAAGAUUUCCUAAUAAGGCCUGUAAUUGAACAUGUAAGAAAUAUGACUCAUAUGAACAUGUUGUUUUAUUAUCCUAGUAAUAGAGUAGCUAUUGAUGAGAGCACCAUCUCUUUCAAGGGAACAGUUAGUUUCAAAAUCUACAAUCCUCUAAAACCAACAAAGUUUGGACUGAAACUUUUUGUUUUAUCGGACUGUUGUAAUGUCUUCAUUUAUGACUUUAUCCCGUAUUUUGGCAAAAAUGACGUCAUACCUGGAUCUGAACUCCUCAAAACAACCCAAAUAGUGAAGUCUCUUUGCCAGUCUGUAAUUUUGAAAAAUCCUGGAGCACCUGCAAGUGGUCUAUAUGUAUAUACCGAUAGGUACUAUACCAGUACGGAAUUGGCCAGUGAAUUAUUGAAUAUGAACACGUAUCUCACUGGCACAGUAAUGCCAACUAGAAAACAAAUGCCCCCAGACCUACAAGCUACAACCAAAAAGCUAAAAAAGGGCGAGAUAAUUUCUCAAAGAAAUGGUAAUAUCCUAGUAGUGUCAUGGAGAGACAAAAGAGUUAUACAUAUGCUUAGCACACAUGGAAAGGGCAGCAAAUCAGGUGUUACUGAUGUAGCAAGCAGAUGGCCCAACAAACCACCAGUUACUAAGCCCAAUGUUGUUGUUGAUUAUACAAAACAUAUGGGGGCUGUGGAUCGGAGUGAUCAUUUUAUAUCCUCCUAUGAAUUCAUGCGACGUACCAAGAAGUGGUACAGAAAAAUGGUUUUCUGGCUUCUAGAGGUUUGCAUUAUUGACUCGUAUUUGUUGUACAAACAAGUGCAAAAAGACAGCUAG